UGUAACUCGCACUGAAGUGUGUGUUGUAGUCACCUUGAACAAGAAAAAUGAUUUUCACAAGGUUGUUGAGGAGCAAGAUAUUGAGGACCCUGUCUCUCUUCCUCAUGGGUACGUUCUUUUCUUUUGUCGUUUGGGAAGCUGGCUCAAACAGGCAGUCAUCGUCUGAUCUCAUACCACAGCAGUUCUUUAUUGAUCUGCCUGGCUGCUCGGCUAUCAUCAGUGGAGACGUUGAGGGCAGGCAAGGCGAAUUAGAAGUUCUUCUGGCAUCCAGGAAAAGACGGCAUCGUUUAUCUGAGGACUUCUACCUUAAUAUGACUGAGGAUUGUCCAUCUUACAUUAAAAACAGAGGUUUCCUUACAGCACCUCUGAGUCAAGAGGAGAAGGAUUUUCCCAUUGCCUAUUCCAUGGUGAUCCAUGACAAGAUUGAGAUGUUUGAGCGACUUCUACGAGCUGUUUACACUCCUCAGAACAUCUACUGUGUGCAUGUGGACCAGAAAUCCUCUGAAGAAUUUCUGAAGGCUGUGGAGGCAAUUGUUUCCUGCUUUUCUAAUGUGUUUAUAGCCAGUAAAUUAGAAAGAGUGGUAUAUGCCUCAUGGUCCCGGGUGCAGGCAGAUCUGAACUGCAUGAAAGAUCUACUGAACUCACAUGUCCAGUGGAGAUACCUGCUUAACACUUGCGGGACAGACUUCCCCAUCAAAACCAAUGGAGAGAUGGUUCAGGCACUGAAGGCCCUGCAUGGGCGAAACAGCAUGGAGUCUGAGGCCACCAAUGACUAUAAGAAAAGCCGUUGGCAGUAUCACUUCAACGUAACAAACACUGUUAUCAGGACAAAUGUGAGAAAAAGUCCUCCACCCAUUAGAAGCCCAAUGUUCAGUGGAAAUGCUUACAUUGUGGUCACAAGAGCCUUUGUGAAACAUGUGAUGCAGGACAAACUGGUUCAGCAACUUCGGGAGUGGGAGAGGGACACAUACAGCCCUGAUGAGCACUUUUGGGCCAGUCUACAAAGGAUGCCCUCUGUUCCUGGGUCAAUGCCUGCCAACAUCAAGUAUGAUACGUCAGACAUGCAAGCCCUCGCUCGUGUGGUGAAAUGGAGCUAUUUAGCAGGAGAUGUGGAAAAUGGAGCCCCGUACUAUCCUUGCACUGGCACUUACAGAAGAGCGGUUUGUGUUUACGGAGUUGGUGACCUUCCAUGGCUCCUGAGACAACAACAACUCUUUGGAAAUAAGUUUGAUCCUGAGGUUGAUGAUAUUGCUAUUAGAUGUAUGGAGUCCAUUCUGCGUUUCAAAGCUUUAAAUCCAUGAGCCACUGUUAACAGAUCAACAUUCCAUCAUUUGAAACUUAAAAUAUAAUGUA